AUGAUCGGGUUGGGGGUAGCCCAAACGGCCGAAUCGGGAGGCGCGCCGUCGACGGCCGCCGCCUCUUCCUCGGGACCCAAGAGGGCCCGCGCCCGGGAACUCAUGCGCAUCACCAAGCUGGAGACCUUUCUGGUGAAGCCACGUUGGCUGUUCCUGAAGAUCCACACCAAUGCGGGUAUCAGCGGUUGGGGAGAGCCGAUUUUGGAAGGGCGCGCCCGGACCUGCGCCACCGCCGUCCAGGAACUGGAGACUUACCUGAUCGGCAAGGAUCCGCGAGCGGUGACCCACCACUGGCAAGCGAUCUACCGUCAUGCCUUUUAUCGGGGAGGCCCGAUCCUCACCAGCGCGCUGAGCGGCGUCGACCAGGCGCUUUGGGACAUCAAGGGCCAGGCGCUGCAGGUUCCCGUCUACGAGUUGCUGGGAGGUCCGACCCGGCAGCGGAUUCGAGUGUAUGCCCAUGCAAAUACUCCUCAGGCCUUGAAGGACAAGAUGCAGCAGGGGUUUACGGCCUUCAAGACCGGACCGGCCAAGAAACGCCCGGCUCGCCCGGUGGAAACCCCGCAGUUCACGGCCAAGCUGCUCAUCAAGGCGUUGGAACCCUACCAGCCCAUGUUCAUCGAGGAGCCGGUCAAUUGCCAGAACGUGGAGGUCAUGGCCGAUAUCGCCAGGGGCACCCAUUUGCCGAUCGCUACCGGCGAGCGCAUAUUCACCAAGUGGGGUUUCAGGGAAAUUCUGGAGAAGGGAGCGGCCUCGAUCCUGCAACCCGACCUGUGCCACGCCGGGGGAAUUACCGAGGUUCGACUGAUUGCCGGAAUGGCCGAGGCCCACUAUGCCACACUGGCCCCCCACAACCCUCUGGGUCCCAUUUCCCUGGCCGCGGGAUUGCAGAUUGCGGCCUCGAUCCCCAAUUUUCUUUGCCAGGAGCAGGUGAGCCUGGGAGAGGGCUACCUCAAGAGCCCCUUCCAGGUCAAAGAGGGCUACAUCGAUCUGCCCAAGGGACCGGGGCUGGGGAUCGAAAUCGACGAGGAGGCGCUGGCCUCAAAGAUCGGCCACGACUGGCACAAUCCGGAAACCUACGACGCCGACGACGGCUCGGUGGUGGACUGGUAG